CGCUGAUCCGUUAAACAUUGUCAAUGGGACACUUCCACUCUUUCACAAGUUACAGAUCAGUCCUUUAUAAUCACUCUGGAAUGGAUUUGGAACCACAGGAUGAGGAUAAUGGUGGCAAUUCUGGACAUCUCGCCCCAAAAUUACAUGAGAUGUUACAUCAAAUCAUGUCCUACCUCCCAACCCCCGACCUGCAGACGGUAACCCUCGUCUCCCGCGGGUGGGAAGAGGCCGCCCACACCUCGUUUCCCGCACACUUGUCACCCUCACCCCGAAAAAUAUGCCCGCAUACCUGGUCUCAACCAAUGCCCGCUCGAACCACUACAAACGUGUUUACCUUAAUUUCAAUUUCGAUAAUUCCUACCCUGAAGAGUCCGAAAUGCUGGAAACUUUCAUCUCCACAGCGACCACGCCCAUUACCAAGUUGCGGAUCAAAUACUUCGCUUACCGAGUAAAAUGCAUGUCCCCUCUCGUGAUCGCACUCUUAACAAGUUGUCCCAAUUUGAAAUCUCUUCACUUUUCUCCAGGCUUGUUUACGUAAACGCGACUGAAGCUUCGAUCCCAAAAAAUUUAGAAUUUCCAACUGUUACAAACCUCGUAAUUUCCAUGGCCUUCAGUCCAAACAUCCUCGACAUAGGUCCUACUCUUGAGGAAAGUAUCUUUGAAGUAGUCAAGUUGUUCCGAACCUUAAAAAAUUGACGGGUGACAACCUCCCGAAAAAUGUGGUGGAGUAUUUAGUCUCAAAAAAUGCGUCCAUCGAGCCAAUCCUGUACAAAGAAGGGGAUGAAUUUCCUCCCGUGCCCAUCUUAAUCGUAAGCUGCCCAUUGUUCCGCGGGAGCUAGAAUUUUAAAUCGGCGUUUUAAAAAAAUCUGGUAAUUAUUGCUCCGUAGUUCGUAUUUUACAUAAAAUUAAUAAAUUUAAAAUUGCCGCCAUUCAUAAGAUCCAAACUCAACUUAAAUGAAACCUCCCAGUAGGCAAAAAGACAACGAAUCUCUGCGAUA